AUGGCGGGGAGAGGAGAGCAAGAAGAACUUGCCAAGGCUCAAUUCCUCUCUUUGAAGCCGCCAUGCGUCUCACUGAUGAGAGAGAAGACACUAAAAACUGUCCUCUCUUUGGAGGACGUGCUAAAAUCACUCUCUCCCCUCUCUCCUUCUCUUUUAGAAUAUGUACUCUUUCCAUUACAGAUGACACUGCAACAAUCGAUAGGGAGUGAUACUCAUCUGGCUGAAGCCGUAUUGAAAUGCAUUACGUUUCUUUUUAAAUCGAGUCGAAUCACGUCAGAUAAACCUUUUUUCGAGUUGCUAUCAAUUUUUCUCGUCAUGAUCGACAAAGAUGAGAAAUCUCCUGCAGAACCACGCCUAUCGCAAUAUAAAGGAGCUGCCUUUACUUCGGAGGAAAUUCUUGAGAGACUUUUAGAAACUUUACAACAUCUAUUCAUCAGGUCUGACCCCAGUGUGUUGGAAUCCUUUUAUUCUAACGUGCUCAUAGUUGGAAAGAGUGUUUCGCUGAUUGUUGAGACGUUAAAAGAUUCAAAGUCAAUGAGUAGACAGUGUUUAUUAAGAGGAGUUCAUUGUCUUGUUGGAGUCACUCAUGCUGAUAGUGAAGGAUGGAUGGAGAGCAUAGUCAGUGAUUUUCCCAAGUUCUGUUCUGAUACUCUUGGAGUUGGUAAGGGAGAGAAGAUCUUAUCAUCGUUUCUUCCUGGAAUAUGUCUGACUUUAAGUGAACUCAUCACAUCUGACAAUCUCCUUACAUUACAGUUAGGUCUACUGGCAUUAACUCACUUCAUUGUGUUGAUAUUGAAUGAGAGCCAAUGGGAGAAUAGAGAACUUGGAAAUGAUGAGAAAAAUGUCAGAGAUAAAGGACAGUUAUUAGUCAGGCAGGAUGAAGACUGGUGGAAAAUGGCUGACAACAAAAUGCAAAAGCUCCUCUCCUCUCUCCUUCUCUCCCUCUCUCGUCACGACAGCUGGAAAGUGAGACUUGCUUUGACUGCCUCCGCAACAAAAUUAUUAACGUCGUGCCAAAAAUCUCUUCCAGGUUGCUGUGGUCCUGUCAUUGAACUAUUGGUUACUCUGUCACUUGAUACUCAACCAGCAGUUGCUAAUAAUGCUAAUACAACAAUGGAUUUUUUGUCGGCAUCAAUGAAGUACCCUGGCACCUUAACUUCAAUAAUGGAGGAGAAACUCUACGACUUAUCAUCAACACUACCGAGGCUAAUGAGAGACUCAAGUGAAGAGAAGAAGUUGAUUUCUCUCAAGCUGUUGCAAGGUUAUCUUAAGUUCCUCAAGUCACAGGUGAGUCAUGUGACCUGCUCCUCGGCUCACAUGACCAGACUACUUCAAGCACUAGCACAAUCCAUUCAGUUGGAUACAUCAAGGCCUCUAUUAAUGGAGUCAAAGAAAGUGGGUGUGGUCAUUAAUCAGGAUGACGAAUACGAUUGGGCUCCGCCCCUUUCCUUCUCUCAUUUAAGAGACUCGGAAACUAUAAAAUCAAUACAAGAGUCUUGUCGCCUUCUUGGUCGCCACGGCAACACGUCUGUCGUCAUGGAUACGCUUGUGCAUACGAUUACAGGCUCGGAAUCAAAUCGUUCGGAAUAUUUACUGAUCCUUCAUUGGUUGAUGAAGGGGGUAGGGCCUCACGCCUCGUUAAACCUUUUAAUUAAUGGAUUGAUUGACGUGUGGGAGGAGAUAAGAGGAGAUGGACUCUCGUUAAACAUAUCAUCAACUUUAGUCUAUCAGAUCUGCUUCAUUAAUUUAUUAAUAGGAGACGUGGCCGUAAUACAAGGUGUUGAUUUUGUUGUUCAUUUACAGCACACGCUGGGUAUUGUCAUGGCUAACAUUAGUAGUUCCAAUGCUGUCGUAUCAAGGACCAGUGUGGGUGUGGCAAGUCAGAUAGCAGUUUCUACAGGACACAAUGACCUACAAAGUCUGAUAACUGGUUGUGCUGAUUAUCUUGUGAAUGAGGUCCAUCAUCAGUUGCUCUAUUAUCCUUCAAAGACCAUUAGCUGCCACAUACUAAGAGCCAUCAUUGAGCACUGUGAUUAUGAGUUACUGUCUCUUCUCAAAGACUGCAAAGACACUCUCAUUCUCUCCCUCCAUCAGUCUCCUCUCGAUGGCUGGUCUGUCCUCCACUCUCUCUCCAAAAGACUCCCAGACUGGGUUGCCAUGGAAACAAAAGAAGUUGGUGAGAAGAAGCAGAUGGAGAAGGAGGUACAGGUUGAAGAUGAGGAUGAUUCUAGAGACGAGAGAGUGACUUUGGAAGAUAUUUCGAAUUAUUUCAUGAACUACCACAAUAAGAAGAGAGAGGAAGAGGAGGAGGAGAAAGAAAUAGAAGAAAAUGAAGAAGAAGAAGGAGACAUUAAAACUGAUUCAAAAGCCCCUACACCACCUGCCAUUCAAGCUUCCAUAGAUACUCUUCAAUCUUCAGUUCAUUAUGUCUCAAUUCCUAACCUACCACUACAGCUUUGUAUACUGGACUGUAUCUCUCUCUGUCUCUCUGCAUUGAGACAUAGAGAAAGUGAGUUAUUGCCUCAAGUUCAUACUGUUUGGUCCCCAUUGGCUCACAGACUGAUUGAUACACACAUACCAGUACGAAUCAAGGCCAUUGAUGUUCUUCUUGUCAUGGCUUCAGCAGCUAAAGAGUUUCUACGAAAACGAGUCGUGGAACACGUCUGGCCCAAACUAGUUGUAUCGCUCAAGCAGCUAAGGGGCGUGGCUUGUGAUGCCACGCCCACAAUAAGCCACACCAUGGAGUACAAGCUAUUAGUGAAAAUAUUAGAAUCAGUCGGGAAUCUAUGCAAAGAGUUAAAUGUUUCUGUUGAUCAAAUUGAAGACAUUGCUCAAGAAGUUAUACUAUUCUUAUCUUCGGAGAACUCAGAUCCAAUACAGAAACUGGGUUUGGAGACUUGCCGUACUUUAUCGGAUUUUGCUCCAGACCUGAUGUGGCUCCUGUGCAUCCAGCUGUCCCCUUCUCUCCUUCCUCCUAUUCCUUCUCUUUCUUCUGUACCUUCAAAUCAUCGACUUUCUCUCAAGGAGAUAAAAUUGCCACGAUCAAAAGUGUCUCAUUUAUACUUGGAUAAUAUUUUGAAAUUGGGUAUUAUAUAAAGAAAUUUUUUUAUUAAAGAAAAAAAUU